AUGAUUUUGGUUCUCUUGUUCAAGCAUUUGGCAUCUCAGCAACCAAAUACCGAUGAGUUCUUCGUGUCCGAGUUCUUGAAGAAUAUGAGUUUAACAUCCUCACAAGCCUACAAUUUCUCUGCUUCUGUCUGUUCAUGGCAAGGGGUUUCUUGUGAUGCCAGUGGAAAACAUGUUGUUGGCUUAGUCUUUUCUGGUAUGGACCUCUCUGGCACUAUACCUGAUAACACCAUAGGCAAGCUGGGCAAACUUCAAUCUUUGGAUCUUAGCCACAACAAAAUCACCGGCUUGCCGUCAGAUUUUUGGAGCUUAAGCUCUCUCAAGAGCCUUAACCUCUCCUCGAAUAAUAUUUCUGGUUCAUUGACUAAUAACAUUGGCAACUUUGGUUUGCUAGAAAGCAUUGACUUGUCCAGCAACAAUUUCUCAGAGGAAAUUCCUGAAGCUGUUACCUCACUUUUGAGUCUGAGGGUCCUCAAACUCGACCACAACAAGUUUGCACACAACAUACCUUCUGGGAUUCUCAAGUGCCAGUCUCUAGUUUCAAUUGAUCUUUCAUCAAAUCAGCUCAAUGGAACACUUCCAGAAGGUUUUGGUGCUGCUUUUCCUAAGCUUAGGAUAUUGAACCUUGCUGGGAAUAGUUUGUAUGGUCGUGUUUCAGAUAUUUCUGGGUUAAAGUCCAUUGUUAAUCUCAACAUAUCAGGGAAUUCGUUUCAGGGUUCCAUUGUGGAUGUGUUUCAGGGAAGUUUGGAGGUUCUGGACCUUAGCAGAAACCAAUUUCAAGGUCACAUUCCACAGGUACUAUACAACUUUAGUAGUUACAAUUGGUCUCAUUUAGUUUACCUAGAUUUGUCAGCGAAUAAGCUUAGUGGAGAGUUUUUUCAAAAGUUGAACGAAUCCUUGAAUUUAAAACACAUCAAUGUUGCAUACAAUAGAUUUACCAGACAGAAAUUCCCCCAAAUUGAAAUUCUCCUGAAAUUGGAAUAUCUGAACUUGUCCAAAACUAGCCUAGUUGGUGAAAUUCCCGGUAAAAUCUCACGAUUACGCAAUUUGAAUGCACUUGAUCUUUCUUUGAACCAUCUGAGUGGGAAAGUUCCCUUACUGAGUAGUGAACACCUCCAAAUCCUUGAACUUUCAAACAACAAUUUGACUGGAGCAGUCCCUCAAUCUGUCUUGGAGAAACUCCCAUGGAUGAAGAAAUACAACUUCUCCUAUAAUAACCUAACCCUUUGUGCUUCUGAAAUUAAACCCGAGAUCAUGCAAACAGCAUUCUUUGGAUCAUUGAACAGUUGUCCAAUUGCUGCAAACCCGCGACUCUUCAAAAGAAGAGACACUGGACACACGGGAAUGAAACUAGCCCUGGCACUGACCUUCUCAAUGAUCUUUGUGCUUGCUGGGCUUUUGUUUCUAGCAUUUGGUUGCCGAAGGAAAACAAAAAUGUGGGAAUUCAAGCAAUCUUCAUAUAAAGAGGAGCAAAACAUUUCCGGUCCCUUUUCAUUCCAGACCGAUUCAACAACUUGGGUGGCUGAUGUGAAGCAAGCAACAUCAGUCCCAGUAGUAAUCUUUGAGAAGCCAUUGUUGAAUAUCACAUUUGCAGACCUCUUGGCUGCAACUUCCAACUUUGACAGGGGCACCCUUUUGGCUGAAGGAAAAUUUGGACCAGUCUAUAGAGGCUUUCUGCCUGGUGGUAUUCAUGUGGCAGUUAAAGUUUUGGUUGUUGGUUCUACAUUAACAGAUGAAGAAGCUGCAAGAGAGCUAGAGUUUCUUGGCAGAAUCAAGCACCCCAAUCUUGUUCCCUUAACUGGAUAUUGUGUAGCAGGGGACCAAAGAAUUGCCAUAUAUGAUUACAUGGAGAAUGGUAACUUGCAAAACCUACUUUAUGACCUGCCACUUGGGGUACAAAGCACAGAUGAUUGGAGCACAGACACAUGGGAUGAAGCUGACAACAAUGGCAUUCAAAAUGCUGGCUCUGAAGGAUUACUCACAUCUUGGACAUUUCGCCACAAGAUAGCCCUUGGCACGGCUCGAGCAUUGGCAUUUUUGCAUCAUGGUUGCUCCCCUCCAAUAAUUCACAGAGCAGUUAAGGCUAGCAGUGUUUAUUUGGACUACGACUUGGAGCCAAGGUUGUCUGAUUUUGGACUGGCCAAGAUUUUUGGAAGUGGCUUGGAUGAUGAAAUUGCGCGUGGCUCACCUGGUUAUGUUCCACCAGAGUUUACUCAACCAGAAUUGGACACCCCGACACCAAAAUCUGAUGUGUACUGUUUCGGGGUGGUGCUCUUUGAGCUAGUAACUGGAAAGAAGCCAGUUGGAGAUGACUACCCUGAUGAUAAAGAAGCAACUUUGGUGAGUUGGGUCAGAGGACUUGUCAGAAAGAACCAAGCUUCAAGAGUUAUUGAUCCAAAAAUUCGUGACACAGGACCAGAUGAACAAAUGGAAGAGGCUCUUAAGAUUGCUUAUCUUUGCACUGCUGACCUUCCCUUCAAACGACCAAGCAUGCAACAGAUAGUUGGACUUCUAAAGGAUAUUGAACCUACUGCUAAUUAG